GAGCCGGAGCGGGAGCCGGAGCGGGAUGGCUGCAGUGGCCGGGGAAGGGGCGAUGAGGCCCAGUCCGGCCGCCGUGUCCCUCGGCCUGAGCGUGGCCGUGGUGUCCAGCCUGGUGAACGGAUCCACUUUCGUCCUGCAGAAAAAGGGAAUCGUCCGGGCCAAGAGACGAGGAACUUCCUAUUUGACGGACAUAGUUUGGUGGUGUGGCACAAUUGCAAUGGCUCUUGGUCAGAUUGGAAAUUUCCUAGCCUACACUGCUGUUCCUACUGUGCUGGUGACACCUCUGGGUGCAUUAGGAGUUCCAUUUGGGUCCAUAUUAGCAUCUUACCUGCUGAAGGAAAAGCUGAACAUUUUGGGAAAGUUGGGCUGUUUGCUAAGCUGUGCCGGUUCUGUUGUUCUCAUUAUUCAUUCACCAAAAUCUGAGAGUGUAACAACCCAAGCUGAGCUUGAAGAGAAACUUACGAAUCCAGUGUUUGUCGGCUAUCUCUGCAUUGUGCUCCUCAUGCUUCUCCUGCUGAUCUUUUGGAUAGCACCAGCUCACGGGCCCACUAAUAUUAUGGUAUAUAUCAGUAUCUGCUCAUUGUUGGGGAGUUUCACCGUACCCAGCACUAAAGGAAUUGGUCUGGCAGCUCAUGACAUCUUGCAUAAUAACCCAUCAAGCCAAAGAGCCCUGUGCCUUUGUCUGGUCCUGUUGGCUGUGCUGGGUUGUAGCAUCAUUGUCCAAUUUAGGUAUAUCAACAAGGCACUUGAAUGCUUUGAUUCCUCUGUAUUCGGGGCUAUCUAUUAUGUGGUAUUCACUACGUUAGUCCUGUUGGCUUCAGCCAUCUUGUUCCGGGAGUGGAAUAACGUCGGACUGGUAGAUUUCUUGGGCAUGGCCUGUGGAUUCACUACUGUGUCUAUUGGGAUUGUACUCAUUCAAGUCUUCAAAGAGUUCAAUUUCAACCUUGGGGAGGUAAAUAAGCCUAAUGUGAAGACGGAUUAAAAGCGGAAUGGGGCCUAGGGUGGCUCCGGGAACUGCUGAUGGGAUAUGGAAACUUUCUUCUCCAAGUUACCGGUCUCACUCUGACCCAUUUUAGAGGAGACCAGAACAGGUUACCACCUGAAUCAUACCAACUGACCUCUUCAAAGUCAUCGCAAACCUCUGACAAAUUCCUGGUGGGCAUGGCCGGGGUCCAGAUCCCUACCAGCCCCACUAGGAAGAGCAUUCACUAGUGUCUCAGCGGGCUUCCUCGGCAGAAGGGUCUGGAACUGAAGCAGAUUUGAGAAGCUUGCACUCCCUCUCCUCAAAACACUACUGGAGGCAUGGCCGGACGCAUCCCUGGAAAACCCAGGCUUUACCCUUUGGUGGAGAGAGUCCUCUGUUUCCAUUGUUCUUAAUCUGAACGUUUCUUUUGAGGGCUGAAGUUUUUUUUUCUUUUUACAGUUUAAAACUCUAAAGUCCCAAAUGUUAGAAACACUUUUCUAAAUUUUUUUUAAAAAGUUAAAAUAGGGGGGAAAACAAUCACUGAAGGGACUCUUUGGUUGAUCUUAAGAAAGAGAUUGUUCUCAUUUAGCAGAAAAAUGCAUUGGGCAUUCUGGCUUCAUAUAUCCACUGAACAAGAACUCUGAUCCUCUAUGGCUAUUUAUUUCAGAUUGGGUGUGCACAGCAAAAAAUUGAAGCUCUUUGUCCAAGUACAUCCCAAUUUGUUCAGAUUCUCCUGGAGAAUUUUAGUUGAUUCAAGCAUUCCUCCUAGAAAUAGGUAGAGAAGAAACCAAGGAAGCAGGGAUGUCUUUCUGCCUAUAUGUUGGGUUAUUUUUCUUCAGUGACUUUGCACUGUAAAUGUAAUUGCACCUCAAUUUAACUGCACUUUGUGUAUUCCUCCCUCCCCAAGUUAAAAUAAUGCAAACUCUGAUUAUAUUUAACUAAUUUUUGGCUGAUUUCUAACAGUAAAUUCAUAAAGUAACAAAUGAGAGCAUAUUUCUAAGGAACAGCGUUAAGCUGAAAUUAAUUUAAAACUAUUGUAAUUUGACUUAUUACACUUCUGCAAAUAGAUUGAAGUUAUGUGUAUUACAUUGAGACCCCCCCCUUUUCAAAUAUAUCAGAGUAAAUUAUUCUGCAGGAAACAGCAUGUUCCUUGGCUAGAAUUAGCAUCUAGAAUUAAUCUAGUACAUUUAAUAAUUUAGAAUUAUUGAAUAACAUCUAAACAAAUUGCCAAAGGAGAAAAGAAAUAAUUUCAGGGCUAGGGAAAGGACUGAAGGUAAGUCAAAGUCUACAUUGAAUUUACUUUUAUUAAAUUAGGGUGUUGGUCUAUUAUGGAGGGUUCUGAUCAGUAAUUUUACCAUGGAGUUCAUAUCAAGAAUGGAAACAAUUCUAUAACUAUUCUUGUUCAUUUUAUAUACCAGAACACUGUUUUCCUAACCCCUCCUUAAUAUUCCCGGGUAUCAGCUAGCAUUUGGUUUUACCAAAACCAAAUCUCAGUGGUCAAAACCAAAUAAGCAUCUCCGUGAAGGCUCUUUUGCUUUCUUUAAUGCAUUACCUUCAUACUUUCAAUGGGAACCAAAAGGUCUGUGAGUACAGCCUAAAUAAUUAAAAAGGUCACCGUAAUGUUGCUAAAGGUUUAGUAGAGAUCUUUAAUUAAACCAGAAAGCAUGAAAAUGGAGGUAAGGAAGAGGGAAAGCAGAGUUCUACAGGAAAAAUACCCCAAAUUUCUACACAGACUGAAAAGCCAAAGCAGUAGAGCUUUUGCCCAGAGGAAAAGUGUGUUAAAUGAACUAGGAUGUCGAUUCAAACUUAUUGUAACUAAUCAACAACUUCUCAGUCUGGUACAAGUGACUAUAAAAUUUUUUUUUAAAGAGAUUUUAAAGGCACUGAUUUAUAUGACUAGUGGUUCUUGAGGAAUAGGCUAUUAAAUCAGUUUAAUGGCCUUUUUUUUUUAAGGGAAAGAACAGCCUGAGGUUGUAAGUGGCAGUCAGUAUAAAUAUCACAUCUUUUAGGCUGGCUUCUUUUCCCAGCAAUCCUCUUUGGCACAGUGUCAGACCUGAAAUGUAGAAAGGCUGAGGUACAAAAUUGUUUGAAUUUUACCAAGUCAUGAUGGAUGGAAGGAAGACAAACGGAAUCGACGUUUACUAAAUGCUUCAACACUAGGUCCAGGGAACACCCACUGAAGCAUGAAGGUGAUAGACCGUGAAUUUUACAACGAUGAUAAGCGUAUGGAAUUCUAGGAAAUUUUGAAGAUGGAAAUGUCAGUAAGUUUAAGGAAGGCUUGAAUGAGGGGUCCAUUAUCAUUUUUUUGAGAAAUAAAAUAGGGAUAGAGAAUAUUUCCAUGGCCAUGAGAGUGAAUAUAAAUAGUACGAGUAUUGAUUAAGUGCUAACUGGGUGCAGAGCACUGGGAGGGGUGGGAAUUAAACUUGGUCCCUGUCCCUCGGGAAUUGGGGUCACAUUCUAAGAGGGUGAUCAUAAAGCUUGUCCUUUAAAUGUUCUUUGGUGCUUUUGGAGUCAGUUCUGGCCUGAAUGAACCAUUGGUCUGACAGUGUGUCACUGAUUAUGGCCUUCAUUAUUGAUGUGUAAUGAAGAAAGAUGAAAAUACUAAAACACGAGAAAUAGGCGAGGGCCCAGUAGAAUUCUGUCUUUGAAUUAACUCACAUCAAAAUCAACAAGUAGUAUGACUAUUUAGAAAUUGGUUUUUUUGGUAACACUUGGGUUUAGUGUAAAAUUUGACCCCAAAUAUGAAAUGACCUGUUGAAAAUAAUUUCUUCACUUGUGGUUAAAAAGUCUCAACUCCAUGUAAACAAAUUAGACUGUAGAUUUUUAAACAUUCCAGAUAAGGUUCAAAUUCUCCCUUGAGCUUGUCUUCAGUGGUUUAAGAAAUACUCUUUGGCAAAGCAAGUUAGAAUAGCUAUAAAUUGAAUCUUGUAAAUUACAUACUUUCAGGUGAAUCUGCCACUAAGCAUAGCUUCUGUCAUAGGUAAAAUUCUUGAAAUGAAUUAACGAAACAGAAGCAAAGAGAAAAAGGUAGGUGAUUUAGACUCUCGGCUGAACUAAAACCUUUGGGAUUUAUUGUGGGAAUUCUCAUUAUAGUUUUUCCAGAAGUGUGUGAUAAUUAUCAGCUACAUUUCACUACUGUCACUGAAUUAACGUUUUAGAAGGAAAACCCAAAAUAGCUGCUUCCUGCCAGUCAAAUGGCAUGUACUGCCAAAUGGCAGUUGGUUAACUCUCUGACUUGAGAGCCCACCUAAAUUCAGAAAUGGGGAAACUGAGAUUCAGGUGAGCUCUUGGUUUCACCUUGAAGUGUUUAUCUCAAAAACCCACAAAGUAACAAGACACUAAUCAAUCAGUGGUAUUUAUUGAGCGCUUUAAUGCAGGCAAACCACUGUACUAAGCGCUUGGGAGAAUGCAACCCAACAGAGUUGGCAGAUACGUUCCCUGCCCACAGCAAGCUUACAGUCUAGAAGGGAGACAGACGUUAAUAUAAAUAUUAACCACCCACAAUUAGUAAAAUAUGCAAUUGGCAAGGUCUGACUACUCGAAUAAAUGAAUAGGAAUCACUUACAAUAGAUUGGUAUUGUGUAGCAUGCUUUCUUCUCUCUUCCUUUAGAUAAAGACUAAAGAAAACCAUUUUAAACCUCCAAUUUGAUGUUUGCACAUAAUUAUAAUUUGAUUAAAUGAGUGAUUGAA